CCUCUCGUCGUGUAUUUGGUCAACUUGUCCGAUUGGUCGUGUACAUUUUAACGUUAUUUUUCCAACCGAUGAUGCCGCUCCAUGUGAGAAUACAAAUCUCACUCUCAUGCCUGUCUUGUGCCUCUAUCGCUGUGGACUACAAGUCUUCCAGCACACCGGGAAGAGUGUCAUUUAGAGCCGGAGUGUCUGCUCGUCCAGAACUUCUCUCGCUCCUCCGCACUCCCGCGACUCCCUCCCUCUGGCCACCCAACCACGCGCGCGUCCACCGAUCCCGGAAACUUGUGCCUCCCAUAACGGACUGCGCCGCAUCUCGCUCUCCCACAGUGGCCAGAGAGGUCUCUGGCAGCAUCCUUCCCUCGUGUGCCGCGAAAAAGUGCGCAAUCAUCGUGAAAAGUGAGUCCCUUCGUCGCCGCCCAGCGUGAAUUGUGUGUACGUGUUGGCAAAGAGUUCCGGGCGUGAGGAGAGUGGCGAUUAUUUGCUUAGAAAAAGAAUCACCCGAUCGGCCGAUUGGCAAAAGAAGCGUACAAGCAACACUCUCUUUUGGCUGCCUUACGAGCUCCCAGUCACAGAUAUGUCUGUAACCCUGAUCCUCAUCUACAUUGUAGCAGCUUUUGUACUCUGUUUGUUCUUCCGCAACCACCUUCUGCAUGCUAUCAUCAAAUGCAAGCAAUUCGAAACGUCUCACGUGACGAGCGAUAAGGAUAUUUACAACAUUCCAGGACCCACGAGAUUUCCCAUUGUCGGGACAAAAUGGAUCUAUUUCUGGCACUACAAACUCAAUCAGCUGCACAGCGUCUACAAGGACCUCAAUCGCCGAUAUGGCAGAAUAGUGCUGGAAGUGGGAGACGGGAUCCCAGUAGUUCAUCUCUUCUCCAAGCAAGACAUCGAGAAGGUCCUCAAAUACCCCAGCAAAUAUCCCUUCCGGCCACCUUCGGAGAUCUUUGUCUACCACCGAAGAGCGCGGAAGGAUCGCUACUCCUCCUGCGGAAUCGUCAAUGAACAAGGAGAAACGUGGCACAAAUUGCGUUCUGGUCUCACGCCAAAUCUCACCUCACCGCGAAUCCUUAUCGGCUUCCUGCCGAUUCUCAAUGAGAUUUGCGACGACUUUAUCGAGCUGAUCAAGAUCAAGCGCAACAGCGACAACGUUGUGGUGAACUUCCAGGAAUUGGUGAACGCUUUGGGCCUGGAGGCGCUCUGCGCGCUCCUUCUGGGCCGCCGCAUGGGCUUCCUGGCUGAGAAUCCCUCUGACCAGAUGAGGAGUCUCGCCAGUGCCGUCAAGACACUCUUCAUCACCCAGCGAGACUCCUUCUUCGGCACGGGCUUGUGGAAAUAUCUGCCCACGAAGACCUGGAGAGACUUCAUCAAGAGCGAAGACACCAUUUACGAAACAAUUUCCUCAAUCGUGGACAAGGCGCUGGACGAUGAGAAGCGCGAAUACAACGAUCUCGAUGUGAGGAACAUCUUCUACAGCAUCCUGUCCACGCCAGAGCUCGAUGUGAAGGACAAGAAGUCCGGAAUCAUUGACCUCAUGACGGCCGGAGUGGAGACUCUGGCGCACACGCUUGCCUUCCUGCUCCAGCACCUCUCGCAGAACUCCACCAGUCAACUCCAGAUUGCCGACGAGUUCCGCAACUGCCCGUCCACGCUCUCCAUGGACCACCUCGCCGAGGCGAUGUACACCAAGGCCUGCAUCCAGGAGUCCUACCGACUGUCGCCCACCACCUUCGCCAUCGCGCGCGUCAUCGAGGACACGAGCGUGAGCCUGUCCGGCUACAAUCUGCCCGCCGGCACCUUCGUCCUCUGCCACACCAUGAUCGCCUGCCACUCCGAGGACAACUUCAAGUACGCCAACCACUUCCUGCCCGAGCGAUGGAUCACGGCGGGCAAGGACAGCUCGCGCUUCAAUCUCCGCCAUUCACCCAAUCUCGUGCUGCCGUUCGGCAUCGGACGGCGAUCGUGUCCGGGAAAACGAUUUGUCGACAUGGAGCUCACGCUACUCAUUGCAAAGAUCAUUCGAUCCUUUCAAGUGGAAUAUUGCAGUGAAUUUGACGCCACAUUUGAGUUUCUUCUUGCACCAAAGACUCCUGUCAAUAUUCGUUUCUGCGAUAGACGUUAAAAUUCUGUGCUGUACACCCCGCAAUAUCAUAUUUCAUACUCAAGCAACAAGAGCAUUUAAAAAACAAUCCUGUAUAAAAGCGAGAGAGAGAGAGAUGUCAAUAUUUUGUAGUGAUGUAAUGCAUUUUUAAAAUAUAUAUUUUAUAGUAAAUUUAAU